GUCAAAUAUUUACACAAGAUUGUGUUUUAUGUUUUUACAACUUCUUGUGAAAUUUUUACUGUUUUUGUCACAUUUUUAGUCAUGAUUCGAGGUUCCCACUUUUGUAUCCUCCAAGAAGAAAAAACCUACAAGUUGGUUUACUGUGACCUUGAAUUUAAUCACUGUUGUGAUAAAGGCUGUUGCAAGGAAAUCACUUUUGAUAAUUCGUCUAUCUACUUAACAAAAAUUGAUCAAAAUCACGUUCCCUCAACCCCCUCCUUUCCAACCUACGUUUGGUUGGUACUGGUUCUUGGUGUUUUUUGCUACAUUUUGUUGUACAUUUGUCACAUUUUGAAAAAGGAUGACGAGGAGGGGAGUCGGAAUAACACGCCCCCUCAAACGCCCGAACUUAACCUCACUUUAUCAUUCAACCAAUCAGGCGGGAGCAAUUUUAAUAUGCAUUUGCCGGCCAUCCCAUUGACGCCUAGGACUCCGCCCCCGGGGUAUAUGACACUGACUCCGCCCCCGACCUACAGUGCUGCCAUUCAUUUUCCCCCAAUUGGGGACAAAAUGGCCGAAACGAAGUGUUAAUUUCAUAAAAAUUCAAUACGUUGUCAAGGAUUAUAUAAAAACAAAUUUGCAUUUUUUUAUCUAAAGUACGAAUUUUAAAAUAUCAAGGGGUCGGACCAAAAGGUUAUCUCAUUGUUAUCUAUAUUUAUUUCAAAUGUCUACAAACUUUCAAAUGUCAUUAUUAAAAAAAUGUUGGUAAUAUUAGUGUCGCUUUUGACAGCCGUUUCACUAGUAUGUAUGUCAUUUUUUUAAUUUUUAUUUUUUUGACAAGUUUUAGACACAUUGUCAAAUACCAUGUUUCAAAGAAAAUCCCAACAAUUCAGUGGUACCUUAUUUUUGUCUCGAAAAUGACAUUUGUUGCGACGAGGGUUGUUGUACUAAACCCUAUAUCAUACCCAAAGUCAGUAUAACUCUCGGAAUCAAUUUAUUUCUCUUCGUUUUCUUCUUAUCGCUUCUUAUUUGGUGUCUUGACAUGACAAAACGUCUAUGUCACAAUGACAUUAACACGAUAUCUGUCAAUUUGGCCGUACUUGACAGUCACGGAUUGGACGAAAUCGACGCGGAUCCGCCCCCUGUGUACAGUGUUGCCAUCCAUUUACCCACCAACAGGAUACCAACCUACGAGGAAGCGACUGAAACGUCACUAUAACAAAAAACUGUAUUUUUUUCUCAAAUAAAGACGGCUGUGAAUGUCAUUUUUUUAAUACGUUGCUAGGCAACCAUAAAUUUUGAGGUGGCGCCGCCACUGGUGACACUGACGCGUAAAAUCGCAUUUUUUGUGAAAGUUGUGUCAAAUUUUUUGCAAGGCCUACUGCGAUUAUGGAACUUUUUAGGUAUAAUUUUUUUUGAGUGUUUGAGGUAAUUUGCGUCGUAGAGGUGUGACCUUGCAUUGAGUAACAAUAAUAGUAAAGUUUUUUGAGGUUAGGUGAAAUGAGAGGUUUCAAGAGCCUUAAGGCUUGAUGGAGGAGGAAAAACCAAGGUUUUUAUAAUGCAAAUACUCAGUUUAGUUUUGUUUUUUUAUUUUUUUCUGAAAAAUGUCAAUUGUUGCACAGUCGACGUGAUAAUCCCAGACGGCCAUGGUUCCUACAUCCGCACGUUCAAUUUCGUCGACUGUAACCUUAUUUUUGAGACGUGCUGUACAGAGGGGUGUUGCCCUAGAUUCAGCCACGCCCACAUUUGGAUUUUUGCUGGUACUUUUUCGUUCAUUUUCGGGAUUUGUGUUUUCGGUUGUUGGUUGUUGUGUUGCAAGAGGAGGGAGGGGAGGGUGCGCCCGCCCCGGAGGGACGACAAUGGCGACUCACCAAUGGUUAAUUUAGUGGUUCCGGAUAACCGGACUGUGGGGGGGAUACAGAACACCGCCCCGGUGACUCCGCCCCCGAGCUACGAAGAAGCGACCUCUAUGAGGUGAUUGGGUUGUUAAAUGUGUACAUUUUUAUACAAAUUAUAUAUUUUUUGAAUAAAUUUUUAAGAAAA